AUGUUGAUCUAUUCAAUAUUACGUGCAACCUGUGCAGCAACUACGAUUAUUGCUGGGGAAACGGAAUACAAUAUCAGGAAACUUACUACUGAUGAUGUGAAGAAACCUGAAUUCAUUUGCUUAUUUGGUGAACUUACAACCACUGAUGAAACAACUGAAGAAGUGAUUGUGAAAACAUUUGAAAGAAAAGAGGCAUCAGGAUUGCACCAUCAACUUGGGUUGUUUACGUCUGAUGGAACUGUUGUUGGGACACUUACGGUGCUUCUAGAUCCAAAGUAUGCUAAAAACGGCAGGCCUGCUGCAUUUAUUGAGGAUGUAAUUGUUGCGGAAAAACACCGUGGGAAGGAACUUGCUACUUACUUGAUGAAAGAAGCUGAAGAUAUUUCAACAAAGAAUGGUGCCUACAAAAUGAUUCUAAGCUGCAAUGAAGCGCUCAGUACCAAAGAAACAUCACCUUAUCUUAAAUCAGGAUUCACGAAAGAUUGUUGCACAAUGAGAAAGAAUCUGAAGAAAGAAGAGAAGGCUGAAGAAGAGGCAGCUAAAAUGGAAGUUUCCGAUUAA